AUACUGUAGCAAAAUGGCUACAGAGCGAAAUCUUAACAAAGUUUACAUAAACCCCAAUUUUAAUUCAGGAUCUUUUGUUAAUCCAAUGUUAAUUCCUAAUCAAAACAACAUGUAUUUUAAUCCUUACUUUUCUCAAGUAAAUUUACAAAGUAAUUAUAAUCAGACAAUGAAUACAACAAAGAGGCGAAUAUUUGUCAACCCCAAUUUUAUACGACCUAAUAAUUUUGCUAACAAUUCCAAAUCAUCUGCACCAAAUUUAUAUUACGAAGCUCCGGUUUUUAACCAAAAUGAUAUUGAAAAUUGUUCAACCUAUUAUAAUAAACAAAUUGUGCCUGUUCAAAAUAUACAAGAAAAUCUAAAGGUAAACUCAUCACCCGCCGUCACUAAGUCACGUUAUACAUUGGUCCGUAAAAAUGAUAAAUGUACUGCUAAUGUUGAAAAGAUCACAAGAAAUACAACAGUUAAAAUAAGUAAGUACAAAACAGUGCAAUUAAGUUUAAUCAAGAAUAACAUAGAGCAACCUAAAAAGCCAGAAGUCAAAUUACAACAAACAACAUACAGAAAUCGGUUAUUAUCAAAGUACAAUUGCAUAACAAAAGGCUCAUAUCAAAAUUCUAAUGUCAAUAGAACUUAUACCAAAAUUAACAAACAAACUCCUACCAUAAGAAAGUCCAUUGAAGUGAAAACAACAAACAUAAAAAGUCCUAAAGUUAAGAAAACUUUCUUUAGUCCAAACAUGUCAGUCAAUAGAAAAACAAUAUCAAAAAGAUUUAAAAAGAAUAAUAUCCCUUGUCCAUUAUUUACUAAAUAUGGAAAGUGUUUGAGGAAUAUUCGGGGAAAUUGUGAAUUUUUACAUGAUAAAAAACAUGUGUCGAUUUGUAGGAAAUUUCUUAAAGGAAUUUGUCACGACCCCACUUGUCUAUUGUCACACGAAUUGAGCGCGAAAAAGAUGCCGACAUGUUACUUCUAUUUAAACGGAAAUUGUACUAAAAAUAACUGUCCCUAUUUACAUGUAAAGUUAAACAGUAAAACAAAACUGUGCAAUGAUUUUCUGAAAGGUUAUUGUGAGAAUGGUGACAAAUGUACCUACAGACAUGUAAAUAAGGAAGUAAAAACAGCUAUCAAACAAAACAUGAACCAACAGCGUCGUGUCACAUGUUCAAGUCCAAUCAUAGCACCUAAGAAAAUUAAAGUUAAGCCAGCCCCUAAGAAACCUGUAGAAACUAUCAAAUGUGUGUCAGAAACUGAAUGUAAUCAGGACAAAGAGGACCUCGAUUGCAGAUACUUUAACAAUGAAAGUCAAGAUAAAGAACAAGAUCUAACUUGUGAUGUGAUCAAACCGAGCAGAUGUAAACUUGGUACUUUGCCAUCAUUUAUUAAAUUAUAAAUACAUAGGUUUAUUUUUAUA